GCCCGGCCCGCCCCCUCGGCCGCUCGGCUCCCUGGCGUGACUCGGCAGAGAGAGCCCCGGGCCCAGCCGCCGCCGCUCGCCAGGCCUCGCUCGCGUGCUCUCCGCCUUCAGCUUCGAAGCCGGUGGCGUCGCGGGCCGCCCUCCCGGGCUCUGUGACGAUGGUGGGAGUGAAGCCGGUCGGGAGCGACCCCGAUUUCCAGCCGGAGCUGAGCGGCGCGGGCUCCAGACUGGCGGUGGUCAAGUUCACCAUGCGAGGGUGCGGCCCGUGUUUGAGGAUCGCCCCCGCGUUCAGCUCUAUGAGUAAUAAAUACCCCCAGGCUGUUUUCUUGGAAGUAGAUGUGCAUCAGUGCCAGGGAACAGCUGCUACCAACAAUAUAUCAGCCACACCUACGUUUUUGUUUUUUCGAAACAAAGUGAGAAUUGAUCAGUACCAAGGAGCAGAUGCUGUGGGACUGGAGGAGAAGAUCAAGCAGCAUUUAGAAAAUGACCCUGGAAACAGCGAGGACACCGACAUCCCGAAAGGCUACAUGGAUUUAAUGCCUUUUAUUAACAAAGCUGGCUGUGAAUGUCUCAAUGAAAGUGAUGAGCAUGGUUUUGACAAUUGUUUACGAAAAGAUCCGACCUUUUUGGAAUCUGACUGUGAUGAACAGUUACUUAUUACUGUGGCAUUCAACCAACCUGUUAAGCUUUAUUCCAUGAAAUUUCAAGGGCCAGAUAAUGGUCAGGGUCCUAAAUAUGUGAAAAUUUUUAUCAACCUCCCCCGAUCUAUGGAUUUUGAAGAGGCAGAAAGAAGUGAACCAACUCAAGCUCUGGAACUGACAGAGGAUGAUAUUAAAGAAGAUGGCAUUGUUCCACUUCGUUAUGUGAAGUUUCAGAAUGUGAACAGUGUAACUAUAUUUGUUCAGUCCAAUCAAGGUGAAGAAGAAACAACAAGAAUUUCGUAUUUUACUUUUAUUGGUACCCCGGUCCAGGCGACGAAUAUGAAUGACUUCAAAAGAGUGGUUGGCAAAAAAGGAGAAAGUCACUAAGGUGCAGAAGACACUGGACGACCAUAUUGCAAUCAGAUCUCCAGCUCCUGGAUAAUUGCUUGAUUCUCACCAGAGACUGUCAAUGUUUCAUUCAUUGCCAUUACCAAUAAAUCAUUGCUUUGGUUUAGAUGGUAUCACUAGUGUUUCUAUUGUAAUCUUGAUACAUGCAAUUGUAAAUAAAGUCACUACUUUUGCCAAGCUUAAUAUUUUGUCAUUUUACGUAAGUGUUUUCUUUUUUCAUUUAUUUGAAAAUAUUCCACCUUCUGAUUUUAGAAGAGACUUAAGUGCUUGGUAGCAUAUUGGUUGGAAGCCAGUUUCUCUCUCGAGGAGCCAAGCUAUCUUAGGUAGUUAAGGAGUGUGUACGCGCACACAGAACCAUGAUUCUGGUAAAUGACUUGGAGCAGCCAAGUUCAAAUGGGUACUGACUUGUGUUCUUUUUAGUAAAGGGUAAUUGAGUAUUUGGGUACAGUAAUUUCCUCAAAUUAUGAACAACAAAUACACAAGAUGAUGAGAUUAACUAGUCUUAGCUACAACUAGUUAGUAUGUCUAUGAAUUUUGUUUCUUACACCAAGAUUUGAAUCCCUUCUAGAUAAACUUUGAAUCAACUUUUUUCUUUUUUAAUUAACAAAAAUAUUGAAAUCACAUAGUCAAGAAAGUGCAGUGUGAAGCAUUCAUUAAUAGUAGAAAUUUUGUUUUUAAUCAAGUCUUAUCUGAACUACCCUGCCAUGCAGUGUUAAAUACAUGCAAAAUGUGAUUAAGUUUGAGAAUUUGUUGGCAAAAUGUCUGUUUAAAAAUUCUUUCACAAAAGACGGAUGAAAUUAAACUUGUUUUCUUUUUUUAUGCUAAAAUUGCAAUUUAAAAAGCAUUCAUAUAUUUAAUUUUUACAUCACUGAGUAAUUUUUAAGUACAUUAGACUGUGUAACUUGUGAUUCAGUUAAUACAUCAAAGAGUACUCUGUCUUAGGAGUAUUGCUUUUAGGAGUCUAUUCAUCAUACAUGUUAAUGAAAAGUUACGUGGAAAUGUUGCUGUUGAACUAGUCGCCUUCUGAAGGCAGGUGUCAUGAGGUGAUGUCGAGUUCACUGUAAUGUGAGCACAUGACUGGUCUGUACAGAUGUUUGUCUUGUGUGUACUCUGAAGUUUUGUUGCCUUGGGUCAAGUGGAGGUAGAAGGGAAAGAAAUAAAAGUUGAUACCACUCCUUA